GUGUCUCAAGUUUUUUCACUUUUUGAUCUGCAGGAUGCAUCAAUGCAGUCUUGCUUCUUUGCAUCGUGGCAUUAAUUGCUGCGGGUGUCUAUCGAUAGUAGCUAGAGUAUCUAUAAGAUGCUCUGCCAGAUGAACAUGCCGUCUGGUGUUGCCAGUUUGACCCUCUCAUGGCACUCAAUUCUGGCUGUACCUUCCCUCCUGCGGAACUUCAACAGGCCCUGGCUUGCUCGAUCUUGAAUGGCGAUUUCGUUGAUACAGCUUACCAUGUCUACUCGAUGCGUCUGCUUUCCGGCAAGGUGGGGAAGCCUCGUGUAGUCUACGGCAAUAGUUGCAUUCUCAACGCAACAGACUACUUUAAGCGUCAGUUAUCCGAGAAAUUCUCGACGGGGGACGAGGUACCUCCCGAGACCAACGAGUACGAUUACGACUCAGAUAGUGACCUGGAGGAUGAAGAAGAGACUGGAUCACUAAGCGAUGAGUCCAUAGAGAUAUUGCCUACCGGCAGCUCAGGAUCGAAUUCGAAGGGCAGGCAGGAGACAAACGCCGCUUGGACGAUACAACCAACUCCCCAAGCCACAAAAUAUUCAAUCUUAAUACCUGACUGCGCUGCCACGACCUGGCAAGCCCUACUGUUCUAUAUUUACACAGGCGAAAUCAGGUUUGCACCUUUACGAUCGCAAGGUGAAGACGUACGUGCUCAAGCAAGGACUCAACACAAGGAUACCAAACUGGAGGAACCGCCGUUAUGUUCUCCGAAAUCUAUGUACCGCCUUGCGGAUAAAUAUGGUUUUGAGGACUUGAAGCAACGCGCCGCCAAUGAUAUUCAGUCAAAAUUGACUCCAGGUGGUAUUCUGGAUGAGGUGUUCUCAAAGUUCUCGUCCAAAUACCCAGAGGUCCUCCAGGCGCAGCUCGAUUUCCUGCAUAUGUCCGGGUUGAAAUCGUCUGACUUCACGCCGCUUUUGGAAGCAAAGCUCAACGAGAUCAUACAUCCAGACCACUUGCAUACAGCGAAUGUUCUCAAGUAUCUUCUUCAGAACAAUUCUGAAACAAUGAAGCCCAUGAAAGCAUCAACAUCUGGAAAAGGGAAGGUGUCGCCUCGGUCGACAGCUAUACACGGCACCACGCGUCCGGGAGGUCGUGGUUUUCAGCGUGGUUAUGGCCGUGGGUUCUACGGCCCUGUUCUCCCUAGUGGUACUCAUAGCCCUUUGUCCUGGGGGCCUAGCGUUUCCGGCAAUCCCUUUGAGGAUGAUGACAGCUGAAGUCUCGGACACCGAGAAAACUCGAAACUUAGAAUACAUCCUCAUUUUGUUGCUUAGGUCCUCAUUAGCCGUGAUACGGUUCUACGUGUAGCUUGGAAUACGACGCUUACCACGUAUGUGUGGUCAUAAUUCACAGCCAUUAAGCGGAGUCGAUGGUCCAGUAGGGAACGCCAUAUACCAGUAUUGC